GCAUGACGCCAUUUCCGGCGUGGCCACCUUGCAGUCGUUCGCUUCUGGCUGGCUUGCAGAUUGAUGGACGUCACUAAACUUCGUUCUCUAAUUUAGUCUUGUACGUAAGAAUGACCUCCAAGGAUCUCGUCUUUGGCCAUGCCCCUGCACUGGUGACCCCAGAGCUGCGGAUUCAUUAGAAUAUGUGCUCAGCGUCUGGGGAAACACUCUAAAAGUAAAUCCUCUUACUAUGCUCCAGUAAAAAUGCCUUUGCUCUAAGCUGAGUCCUCUGGGUUCCUGUUGAAAGGGGGGAAGAGGACAUUAUUAUUGCUAGCUUCCUUUCCCCAAACACAUUAAAAGCCAAGAGAAAAACCUUGCAACUAGUUAUAUAAGCAUAGUCAAAUAAAAGGAAUCCACACAGUGGCCAUGCGUGGACUUACUCUUUUUUUUUAAACCACAAAAGCCUUAUUAAAAAUAACGCACAGCACUGUGAAUUCCUUGGCCGCCUGGAGGAGAAACCGAGUUCAUUUACCAAGCCGACGGGGUGGCAAAGGAAGGUGUAGAAGCGAAUCCAGAAAAUCCAAGCCAAAGGAUCGGGUCCGGGUUAGCUGGGACUCUAGAUUCGGUGCGCCCUCUCGCGGGAUACUAGUAUCCCCACCCCCGCUAACUUUGGCCUGGGGGCCACAUCCUGGAGGCGGCGCCACAGACAGAUCAAGCGUGGAGGCAUAAGGAAGAGAAGGAGGAGGUCCAGAGUCCCGGCAUAAUUCUGCAUGCACGGCCCAGCUUCGGGCCCCGAACCCUGGGACCGGGAGCUCUGAACCUUCCCCCGGGACGGCCUCCUUUGUCUGGCCCCUUGGUGUGGUGGCGGCGUCCUCCCCCAAGUCCUGCUAGCGCUUCUCUGUCUGCAUUUUCGGGCUAGAGUGAAGUUCUCAAGCGCCCCGCCCGCUCCUUCCUUCGCGGGUGUUGGGAAUCCCCCGCAGCCCGGGAAGCGCUUUCCUAGCUUCUCUUAAAACACCUUUUCCAAAGAGGGUGGGGGCGGGGUGGGGACUUGGGGCCGUGCCUUGAACUCAGGUAGGGAGGUCCUCGCCGGGGCUGGUGGGGAGGACGCCGAUUGACCGAUGGGUGCUAGAGGGUGAGGCCCAGCGAGGAAGCAAAUCAAGCUCCUUAGGACCCCCUCCACCUGCUUCUCCCUAGUAAGUCAAGCCCUUCUAGGCUGACUCCUCAGCCGUGCCGUGUCUCAGAAAAAGGUUACUUGCUUCCAGCCAGUGCCAUUGUUCCCCCCACUCUCCUCCCAGGAAGCCUCGGCCCUCGUGGGGACUGUUCCGCGGCCGCGGGCAGCGCGGGUGAUGCGGCGUCUGCCUCCAGCCCUCCACACAGAAGUCUGUCGGGCUGUGUUUCAGCCCGAGCCCCUGGAGGAGAAAGGCCGAGAUUCCUGAUCCGGGUGCUGGCCUCUGGCCUUUGGGCUUCCAAUGAAGUAUAUCCUGGUUACUGGUGGGGUCAUCUCUGGCAUUGGAAAAGGGAUCAUUGCAAGCAGCAUCGGAACUAUCCUCAAAUCAUGUGGCCUCCGAGUUACUGCCAUCAAAAUUGAUCCCUAUAUUAACAUCGAUGCUGGGACUUUUUCACCCUAUGAACAUGGUGAAGUGUUUGUAUUAAAUGAUGGGGGAGAAGUUGACCUAGACUUGGGAAACUAUGAAAGGUUCUUGGAUAUUAACCUUUAUAAAGACAACAAUAUCACUACUGGGAAGAUCUAUCAGCAUGUAAUCAAUAAAGAAAGGCAUGGUGAUUAUUUGGGGAAAACUGUACAAGUUGUUCCUCAUAUUACUGAUGCUGUUCAGGAAUGGGUGAUGAAUCAGGCCAAAAUUCCUGUGGACGGUCAUAAGGAAGAACCCCAGAUAUGUGUCAUAGAGCUGGGUGGCACUAUUGGAGACAUCGAAGGCAUGCCGUUUGUUGAAGCAUUUAGACAAUUCCAGUUUAAGGCAAAAAGAGAGAACUUCUGUAAUAUCCACGUUAGCCUUGUCCCACAGCCCAGUGCCACGGGAGAACAGAAAACCAAGCCUACACAAAAUAGUGUUCGGGCAUUGAGAGGCUUAGGAUUGUCUCCUGACCUGAUUGUGUGCAGAAGUUCAAAGCCCAUCGAAAUGGCCGUAAAGGAAAAGAUAUCCAUGUUUUGCCAUGUGGAACCUGAGCAGGUGAUAUUUAUCCAUGAUGUUUCUUCCACUUACCGAGUGCCUGUCCUUUUGGAAGAUCAAGGUAUUGUCAAAUAUUUUAAAGAGAGGUUGGACCUGCCUAUUGAUGACCAUGCAAGUGACUUGCUUUUCAAAUGGAAAAAUAUGGCUGACAGGUAUGAAAGAUUACAGAAAACAUGCUCCAUAGCCUUGGUUGGCAAAUAUACCAAACUCAGCGACUGCUAUGCAUCCGUAUUUAAAGCCUUGGAACACUCUGCUUUGGCGAUUAAUCACAAAUUGGAUUUAAUGUAUGUAGAUUCUAUUGACCUAGAGCAGUCUUCUGAGGUUGAGAACCCUGUGAGAUUCCAUGAAGCGUGGCAGAAGCUGUGCAAAGCAGAUGGUAUUCUAGUUCCGGGAGGCUUUGGCUAUCGGGGCACAGAGGGAAAACUCCGGGCAAUUUCUUGGGCAAGAACAAAGAAAAUACCUUUUCUGGGAAUUUGUUUAGGGAUGCAAUUGGCAGUGGUGGAGUUUGCCAGGAACUGCCUUAAUUGGAAAGAUGCAGACUCUACAGAAUUUGUACCUAACACUAGCAUUCCUGUUGUGAUUGAUAUGCCUGAACAUCACCCUGGUGAAAUGGGAGGAACGAUGAGGCUAGGGAAAAGGACAACAGUCUUCAAAACAGAGGAUUCCAUUUUAAGGAAACUAUAUGGGGAUGUUGGUUGUGUAGAAGAACGACACAGACAUCGGUAUGAGGUUAAUCCAGAAUUGAUCCAGCAAUUUGAAGAGAAAGGUUUGAAAUUUGUAGGUCGAGACAUUGAAGGGGAAAGAAUGGAGAUUAUUGAAUUGGCAAAUCAUCCAUAUUUUGUUGCUGUCCAGUUCCAUCCUGAAUUUUCUUCUAGGCCAAUGAAACCUUCUCCUCCAUACCUGGGUCUGUUGCUUGCAGCAACUGGUACACUCAAUGCCUAUCUUCAGCAAGGCUGCAAAUUGUCUUCAAGGGGCACAUUCAGAAAGAACGACAGCUACAGUGAUCUUAGUGAUGACAGCUUUCCUGAAAGGAAGAGUCCCGAAAUAGUAACAAACUGAGCCUCCCGUGAGCAAAGAAGCCCAAGCAGCCUACUGAUCUAUUGAAGUCAAUUGGAAGGAACUGCUUGAAUGAAACUGACCACAACACAAAAACCUUUUUCUUCUUCUCCUACCAAUAAAACUCUUGCACUCUUUGAAAAAAUAGAUUUGAGAUUUAAAGCUACAAUAGUAACCUAAUCCAAUUCCAUACUUCUUCUGAUUAAAAAAAAGGAAGGAAGAAAUAAAAAUAUGAUUCCCCAUUUCUCCCACCCAUUCUUGUAAAGAUUGUUGUUCAGUCCAGUCUGAUUGCCUUAUCAGAGGGAAAAUAAACGUCCUUCAUGCAAA